UUAAAGCUUGGAAAACGCACAAUGUCUGACAAGGAAGACAUGGCUACAGAUGGAAAUCUGAAUGUUACACUGACACUGAGGCUGCUGAUGCAUGGAAAGGAAGUAGGCAGCAUAAUUGGAAAGAAAGGAGAAACAGUAAAGAAAAUGAGGGAGGAGAGUGGUGCGCGAAUCAACAUAUCGGAGGGAUCAUCACCGGAGAGAAUAGUUACCAUCACAGGGCCAACAGAAGGCAUUUUCAGAGCGUUCUCCAUGAUCGCACAGAAGUUUGAGGAGGAUAUUACUGCAGCAAUGACGAACAGCAGCGUGACAAGCAAGCCACCUGUGACACUUCGCCUGGUUUUCCCAGGGAGCCAGUGUGGCUCACUGAUUGGCAAAGGAGGCUCAAAGAUCAAAGAAAUCAGAGAGACCACAGGCGCUCAGGUUCAGGUGGCAGGAGACAUGCUGCCGGACUCCACAGAGAGGGCUGUCACAAUCUCCGGCACUCCACAAGCCAUUACUCAGUGUGUAAGACACAUCUGCUCUGUCAUGCUGGAGUCUCCACCAAAAGGAGCAACAAUUCCCUACCGUCCCAAGGCUAUGCCUAUACCUGGAGCCCAUGCAGUUUUGGCUCCACAACACUCAGCACAAGCCUUUGCACUACCAGGGCAGUAUGCGUUUGCACAUCAGGAUUUGACCAAGCUUCACCAGUUGGCUAUGCAGCAUAUCCCCCUCCCUUCCCUUGGGCAGAGCAACCCUACCUUCCCUGGAUUGGAUGCAUCUGCCCCCACAAGUUCACAAGAGCUGGCAAUACCCAAUGAUUUUAUUGGCUGUAUAAUUGGGAGACAAGGCAGCAAGAUCAAUGAGAUUCGCCAGGUCUCUGGAGCUCACAUCAAAAUUGCCAGCGCAACUGAUGGAUCAGCCGUGCGCCAAGUCACGAUCACAGGCUCGCCAGCCAGCAUCAGUGUGGCCCAGUACCUCAUCAAUGCCAGCUUAGAGAUGGCUAAAUACACCAUGCAGGCCGCUUCCUCUGCGACCCCAGUUGACUUCAACAUGAGCUUCGCUCAGUCUCCCACUGCCUCCACUGCUGCUACCUCUAUGGCUGUCUUGGCAGCCACAUCCCAAGCCCCCACCACCAUUAACGUCCACACUCCCUCCACCUUAUCAGCCAUCCAAAACCCACACUACGCCGUCCCUGUUUCCAGUCUGCUUGGCAUGAAAACUCUCCCUGUCCUGGCUGUCCACCCAGCAGCUGCUUCCAGCCUAACACAGGGUUUAUCCCCUUACGCUGCAAAAAUGCAAACCUCUGGCAUCAAAAAAUCUGAGAGACAGAAGUUUGCUCCUUAUUAAUGACAGUGUAGCUGACAGGUAAAACAUUAUUAAAUGAUGAGAGAAUACUUAAAACUUGGCCAUGAACUGGCUAAAAAGUAGCUCAUACUAGUGUGUGUAAGUUUUGCCAGUGUGGCACUUCUUACUGAUAAACCAGGAGAAUAUUAGAAAUAUGUCCUCAAUUAUUAAAACAGGUACCAGAUGUGCAUAUAUGCUCAGUAUUAUCUUAAGGGUGUGCAUAACAUUUAAUAAUGCUAACUCAGACUUGUAUGACUAUCAUAGAAAAAGAUAUUUUUUCAAAUGGACUCAUUUCAGAGCUUUAUAAGACUUAAACCAGGAGAGGUAUUUUCCAUGAUGCAAUUGUUGACUUAGUUGUCUAUCUGUAUAAAUAGUUUUUGUUAGUUAAAGCAAACGAGUAUCAUUAGAUGUGGUGCUCUGUUGGCAGCAGGCUGUUAAAUUGUUUGUCUUGUACAAUAGAAGUCAGUGUGUUAAAAUAAAAGAUUGCUCUACUCUCUUGUCAUCUUAACCUUUCCAUCACCAUAGGCUCUCAUCAACGCUAACAGGCUUGGGUGUUCUGUAGUAGCGUUGCACUGUAGCAGUUCUGAUG